CGCCUUCCAUAGUUGUCUCAUCACGGAUGUGUGAUGAGUGUUUCCUGUGGUUUGGGAUGUGCUAUGUGCGACUGCCAAAUAUCUAGCGCGCAUAAAGAUUCAUGCUAAAGAGGGGGAGUAAUCCGAAAGCAGAAUAUUGGAGGCCGUUUUCGGUUCCAGCCCGUCACUCAGCCAUCCAGUUGACAUAAACGAUCCGCAAUGGCACGAGAAUACGAUCACCUCUUCAAACUGCUCAUCAUAGGCGACAGCGGUGUUGGCAAGAGCUCUCUUCUGGUGCGUUUUGCCGACAACACGUUCUCAGGAAACUACAUAACGACCAUAGGAGUGGAUUUCAAGAUCCGGACGAUGAAUGUCAAUGGUGAAAAGAUCAAGCUUCAAAUAUGGGAUACGGCCGGCCAAGAGCGGUUCAGAACUAUCACUUCCACGUACUACAGAGGUACGCACGGCGUAAUAGUUGUGUAUGACGUCACCAACGGAGACUCCUUCGGCAACGUGAAACGGUGGCUGCAUGAGAUACAGCAGAACUGCGAGGUUGUUGACAGAAUACUCGUGGGCAACAAGAACGACAGUCCGGACCGCAAGGUGGUGCUGACCGAGGACGCCCAGCGCUUCUCCGACCAGAUGGGCAUCCGGCUGUUCGAGACCAGCGCCAAGGACAACAUCAACGUAGACGAGAUGUUUGAAGCCAUCACCCGACAGGUGCUCGAGUCGAAGAAGCGACAGAAGGAGCAGCAGUCGAAUGCCAAUAGCGACACAAUCCACGUGAGAAGGCAGCACACAAAGUCCAAGAAGAAAUGCUGCUAACCCACGAGCCGUGCAGCGCGCGGGCGGGACGAACUCUGUGGGGCGCAGGCGAGGCCGGUCUGCGGGCGCGGCGUCGCCAGUACUCAGCCACUGUGCCGGCCGCUCUGCCCACGUUGGCAGCGGCGCGCGAGGAGCCGGUGCGCGAUGGCCGCCGACGCCGCCGGAAGCACCCGCUGGGCCGCGACACGGGCAGGGAUCACCGUGGCACAAGACGAGAACGGACUCCUGCUCGACCCGCCGGCUAGUGACGGACAGCUGGUCUGUGGAGCCGCCGGACCCCGGACGCGCGCCGGGGCGGACGACCUCGGGCUGAUCGGGCGCGGCGUUCGUGCGCCCCCGAGCGCGAGGCGGGACUGUGGGGUCGAUCGGCGGAGGCGUUACGCGGCAGGGUUCGAGCUGCCACGGCUGUUGUCCGUGCGACUGGGGCUCCCUGUGAUUUGGGAAUGUGUAUAUGGAUAGCAAUUACCGACUCUCUUGGUAUCGAUGUGUAUUCGCUGCUUCAGCGCGCUGUUCGUGAUAUGGGAGUAUCAAGGUCACUGCCCGAUUAUGCAUUGUACCGCUUUCUCGACGCCCAAGCGUCGAAGCUUCCUUCGCCCUCUGGUAUGAGAUGCCAGCGUUCAAAACAUCCUAUCAUUCGGCCCAUUUUUCACGGUGAAAUGAUCAGUAUGGGUCGUUUCUUUUCGGAUUUCUGAAACUUGGGUUAUAGCCUGCUGGACUGAUGCUACGACGCAACCACUACAGCCAUUCGCUGCGCCUCUGUUUCGCCACAUUUGCGUUAUUGCUACUGGUACUUGGCGUGCACUACCAAAACCCAAAGCGUAUUGAUUUAAGAUGACAAACUGCUGAUUGAUAUGAUUUAUCUAUUCUCAGAGUCUGUAUGCCAUUUUUUGCUUUUUAAUGCGUCCGCCUAGAAGACGGAAUUUUCCGAGGACUUCUUGCCUGUGCAGUGUAGACGUGAGAUACCAUAUGCAUCUGGGCGGCGUAUAAAGCGAAUCUAUUAUUGACGCAUGUUUGACGGACGUGUGAUGUGGUUGCGUGGCAAUCUGUGGUUUCUGUUCCAUCCUGCGUGGCAGUCGCAAUGUGUCCGCCAGGUGCAGCGGCUCGAUCGACGAGCCUGCCUGCUGCACUGGCCGGUGCCCGCUGCCGACCGUGGGCGCCGGGGCAGCGGAGCGGGCGCACCCUUCUGCUUGUGUGUCGCCAUAUUCUCUACGCCGUACCACCGUGCGUUGUUUUAUCAGCAACGAAUCCAAUUGAGCUAAAAUACAUCAGCAAUACCGCCAUGCGAA